GUUUCCUCAGGCUCUUGAGCUUCUGCAGCAGUGUUUUUUCCACUUACUGCAGGAUCCUAGGGAGGACAGCUGGAUGCUCGGAAGCGGGAAAUGGAGCCAGUGACCUUUGAGGAUGUGGCCAUAAACUUUACGCCAGAAGAGUGGGCUUUGUUGGAUCCUUCCCAAAAGAAGCUCUACAGAGAUGUGAUGUUGGAAGCUUUUAGGAACCUGACCACUAUAGGAAAAAACCAGAAAGAAAGAUAUGUUAAAGGUGGCUACAAAAAAUACUGCAGAAAUGUAAUUUGCACUCGCAGGAGGAAACAAAGAUACGAAAAAAUUCACAGUGGAGGAAAACCCUAUGGAUGUAAGCAAUGUGGAAAAACCUACACUCAAUCCAGUCACCUUAGAAGACAUGAAAGAACUCACACUCAUGAGAAACCUUAUGGAUGUAAGCAAUGCGGGAAAGCCUUCACUCGGUCCACUGAUCUUCAAAGACAUGAAAGAACUCACACUGGAGAGAAACCCUAUGAAUGUAAGCAAUGUGGAAAAGCCUUCACUCACUCUAGUCACCUUAAAACACAUGAACGUACUCACACUGGAGAGAAACCCUAUGAAUGUAAGCAAUGUGGGAAUACCUUUACACAUUCUAGUACCUUUCAAAGGCAUAAAAGAACUCACACUGGAGAGAAGCCCUAUGCAUGUAAGCAGUGUGGGAAAAACUUCACUCGUUCCUGUCACCUUCAAAGACAUGAAAGAAUUCACACUCGUGAGAAACUUCAUAGGAGUAAAAAAUGUGGGAAAGCCUUCCUUUAUUCCAUUCACCUUAAAACACAUAAAUGUUCUCACAUUGGAGAGAAACCCUGUCAAUGAGAGUGAUGUCGGAAAGCCUUCACUUUUUCUACUCACCUUUGAAGUCAUUUAAAGAACUCACACUAGAGAGAAACCCUAAGGAUGUGAGCAAUGUGGGAAUGUUUUCACACGUUCGAGUACUUUUCAAGUACAUAAAAGAAUUCACACUGGAGAGUAACCAUAUGGGUAUAAAAAAUCUGGGAGAGCCUUCACCUAAUCCAGUUCCUUUAAAAGACAAAAAGGAGCACACAUGGGGAGAAACUCUAUUGAUGAUAAGCAAGGUAAUAAAGCCUUCACUUGAUCCAUUCACAUACAAAUACAUGAAUGUAUUCAAAGUUAAAUUAAAAUCUAUGGGUAUAAGUAAUGUGGGAAAGCCUUCAGUUCUUCCACUCAUCUUUUAAGUCAUGAAAUCACUGUGAAGAGAAAUCCUAUGUACAUAACAAUUGUGGGAAAAGGUAUUCAUCAAUACCAGUGUCCUUUGAAUACAUGAAAUGAUAUAUACUGGAGAAAAUUUUUAUGUAUAGAAGCAAUGAGAGAAAGUCUUUGGUUAUUACUUAUAUCAGUUACCUGACUUCAUUUUACCAACUUGAAAAAACUCCAUGAGGGAUAACUAUGUGUAUUAGCAACUUGCAUGUUUGAAGAUUUUCUAACACUGAUGCAAGUACACAUUGAUUAGAAGGGUUUUUUUGGUUUUUUUUAAAGAAAUAAAACAUACAGUAUUGUCUGUAGUGACCAUGGUUCAAUGCACACAUAUGAAAGAUGGUAUGGAGAGAUACAUUGACUAGAACAGACAUGCCAAAGUGCUCAUUUUCCCCACUAAUGAAAAUACACAGAGAAUCAAAACCUGUCAUUAUACUGGAUGUACUGGUGAACACUUCAGAGGCAGGUGGAUUCUGAGAUUGGAAUCCACCAAGUUCAAGACCCUCAUGAGCUCUGUAGGCCCUGUCCCACAGAACCACCACCAGUGCUGGCAGAGAGGCUUAAGUGGUAGAGUGCCUGUCUUGCAAUCAUGAGUCCCUGAGUUUCAUCACCACUACAGACAAAAAAGGAAAAGGAAUAACAACCAAAAAGAAUCCCACUUAAAAUAUGAGAAUUCUACAGGUUUUAACUAAUUGUUUCAAAACUCACUGGAAGUUCCUCAUGUACUCGAAUACUAGAUAAGUAAUAGGAGUAAGUUGUUUGCAGAUGUGUAUAGAAUGCUCCAGAAAUACAAUAAGCACAGGAAAUUAUCAAAAGCUUGACAUGUUUUAUUAUUUGGAAAUAACUCUGGACUUGUAUUUCUCAUUUUUGCUUUUGAAAAUAAGCUUUAUGAGUCUCAUGGUUGUGUCUGUCUAGAGUGCAGAGCCAGGUUUCAUUCUGUGCAUAGUUUAGAGACCAGCAAUACUAUAUUUCAUAAAACAGUAUCUCUAUAAAAGCAAACUGUUUUGUUAAAGGGAUUGGGUUUGAGUGUAAUGGUAUUGUGUUUUUUAAAGCAAAUCAGCUAAUUAUGUUUCUUCUUUGAUUUAAAACUGUGUUGGAAUCAGUAGUGAAUUCAAAUAUAUUAAGUAUUUUUCAGUUGGCUUAGUUUUUAUGUAGCUUUGAAAUCUGAUUAAUCUGCCAUUGAGCACAAGUGUUUGUUAAUUGUUGCUGUUUUCCUUCUGGCCUCAUGUUCAGGAUCUCGGGAUCUUUACAUUUAUUUUUGUGUUUGAGCUUCCUUUUUUAUAGAACAAUUCACAUUCAUUACAUUGAUGGUGUAUUAUUUUACUUUUUGAUAUAUAUGUUCUUUAAGACUUUUUUACAUGUCUUUUACAGUCUUGUUUUCAAACAACAUGUAGAUUAAAAUACAUUAACUUUCUCAGUUACUAAAGAUAUAUAGAAAUAUCCCAACAUAAUCAUGGAUUAGAUAUAAUUUAGUUAAGUUUUUUUUCCUUUUAUUUCAAGAGGCAUUAUGUGCAUCCAACUAUAGAGUGUUUUAUCCUCAUGUAAAAUUUACUUUUCAUGUUCAUAUUGUUAUUUGUGUUUCACCCGUCAUGCCAAAAGACAUCAUGCCAGUGUGAGUGCUCUCUUGCCAGUGAUGACCAAGGCUAUGCCAUUUGUCAAAUAGGAUAUAAACAGUUGUACUGAAAAAAUAAAGGAUAUCUUUGGAAAGAAUUAAUGUGUGGUUAAUUUUUGGAAAGAUCAAUGGACAUUAGAGGAAAGUCAGGA